GCUCCAAUAUUUCCCAGCAAGCUUUGCGUCAGAAGCAAUCACAAGGCCAUCGCUUGCCCGAGCCAGCCGAGCCAAAACCAAGCGGCAAAGAUGGCGCAAUCCUUAUUUGACGCGCUAACAGUGACGAUGGACAACCAGACGGCGCUGGCUGUCCAGUCUCUCCUGGACUCCCAGCAGGGCCAGGUGGCUGAACCUGCUGCAGGACCAGGUGAUGAUGAAGACGUGUUCCAGUGUGGGAAGUGUAAGAAACAGUUCACCAGCCUGCCCACCUUCAUGAGCCACAAGCGGGAACACUGCCAGCCCAUGCCCCCGCAACAGCCUGUACGCCAGGUGGUUCCUCCCCCAGGGUCCAACCCUAACCAGAGCGCCUUCACGACGUCCCUCCCCCACCACGGGCUGAACAGGCAGCCUGUCAGCAUGGUCAGCAACAUGACUCCUGUGCCGGCGGUGGCAGCGGCUUACAGCGCAGUGCCCCCCUCCCCCCUGGCGCACAUGAGCCAGAACAUGGUGCUGAACGCUGAUGAGAUCCUGAUGACCACCCUGUCCAGUAUGGACCAGACCAUGACCAUCCAGACCAGUCCCAACCAGUCCAUGCACAGCGGCAACGUCCAGGUGUCUGGACCCUUCAUGCAGGCUCAGGUAGCCCCACCCCGCCCCAUGCCGACCACCAGUAUGCAGGGGAUGAACAAUGUAAACACUGCUGUCCUGACCACCACCAUCCCAGGACAGACCUUCCAGGUACAACCAGUGACAGUCCGCGUUGCAGAGCCUCAACAACAACAACAACAACAGGUCAUGAUGCCACAGCAGCCCGUACCCAUGCGAGCGUCGCCCGCGAAAAACCCCCAACAAGCUCCCAACAACAACAACAUCAACAUCAUCACCGACGUACAGAUCCAGAACGUCACGCAGGCCGCCGCGCCCAAACGACGCGCCAAGUCGGGCGGGGGCAACCAGGGCGCGGGGAAGAAGCAGGGGAAGUUGAAGUGCACUUACUGCGACAAGAUGUUCUCCAAGAACUUUGACCUGCAGCAGCACAUCCGCAGCCACACGGGAGAGAAGCCCUUCCAGUGUAUCGUCUGCGGGCGGGCGUUUGCACAAAAGUCUAACGUGAAGAAACACAUGCAAACACACAAGGUGUGGCCUUCAGGCACAGCCUGUACCCUCCCCAAGAACCCCAUCAUCGUGGAGAAGGCCGUGGAGGAUCAGAACGGGGAGUCUGUGGUGGAUACUGCAGAGGACGUUGGGAACACCCACCCAGAACAAGUGGAGAAAGGAGGUGGAGACAUGGGUGCCGACAAUUCCAAGGACAGCGACCAUUCCAAAGAUGGGACAGCAGACCCCGAUGAGAUCAAAGUCAUCAUCAACAACUCGUACCAGUGCCACUACUGCCAGGCCACCUUCAAGACCUACUUCCAGCUGAAAUCCCACAUGACAGAACACAAGAACCAGCAGGUUUACAAGUGUAUCACUAAGUCCUGUGGCAGCAUGUUCCAUGACCUGGAGGCAUUCCUGGAGCACACCAAGUCUCACGAGGAGGAGAUGACCUAUCGCUGCCACAUGUGUAACAAACAGUUCCCUUCUCUGUACGAGCUGGGUGUCCACCAGUACUCCCACAGUCUCUACCCCAACCAGGGGCCACGUCCAGGACCCAGGUACUUCCGUUGUCCUAAGUGCAUGAACAAGUACGCAUCCCCCGAAGCGCUAGACCACCAUCUGGCCACGUCCAGCCACAACUACUCCUGCCCGCACUGUGAGAAGGUGUUCCCCUGCGAGCGGUACCUCCGCCGCCACCUCCCCACGCACGGCACCAUGGGAGAUCACGUCUGCAACGUGUGCGAGAAGCGGUUCAAGACGGAGCACUACCUGAAGAUGCACGUGCUCAUCCACACCGGCGAGAAACCCUACAGCUGCUCACAGUGCAACGCGACCUUCAACCGAAAGGACAAGCUGAAACGUCACAUGCUCAUCCACGACCCGGUGAAGAAGUACAAGUGUCCGUUCAAGACCCACACGGGGUGCACCAAGGAGUUCAACCGGCCCGACAAGCUGAAGGCUCACAUCAUCUCCCACUCAGGCAUCAAGCCCUUCAAGUGUAAAGACUGUGGCAAGUCCUUCAGCAGAAAACCACACUUACAGGAGCACGAGCGCAUGCACUCGGACAACUACCCCAUCCGCUGCAACACCUGCAGGAAAGGUUUCGCACGCGAGAAGUACCUCCGCGACCACCGCUGUCGACCCGAGGGUAGCGAGGACGACGUGGUCGUCUCGAAAAGCAAGCACGGCCGUACGCGGAAGCUCACGGCCGCCAUGAAGGAGGCGGUUGGAAAUCGGAGAAAAAGGGGUGUGGGUCGCCCGCGGAAAAACCACAGCUCGAAAAACGGAGACGCCAACACAGACUUAGACAUCAUCAAAGCUCACUUGCAAAGCGAAGGAGGGGGCGAUGCCUGCCAGAGCGCCGUACGAAACGAAACGGAAGGCGUAGAAGGAAACGUCCCGCUACAACAGAUCCAAACGAACCAACAGACCGCGAACUCUCAGCCCGACGCAGGCGACGCACACCUUCAGGAAACCGUAGUGCCCUCAGGGAUAGGGAUAUCUACACCGUCGGGGAUGGUGCAGACUUUUGUGGCGAGCGACAAUAGUGUGGUGCAGAUCAACAUGGGGGGUGCGGAGGUGCUACAACCCACACAAGCCUUCAUCGUCACACACCUGAACUUGGCACCCGGGGAGGACGGUGUGUUAGAGGCCACCAAUCAAUGCUAGUAGUCCGUGAAUAGUUUCAUCUGGCCACACCAAUUUAAUUUGUUGUUUCU